AUCAUUCUCGAAAAUAUUGCAAAUAAAAUAAAUUCGCACGAUGUAAAUGUAGUUCCUGUUAGAGAUUGGGCUCUUGUCAAUUGCCGAUUGGUUCGGACUCUGUUCAUCGAAGAUCGAGUACCCAAUCCUCUGUCUAUUUCAUCGCAGCCAUCUACGGCGGCCGUCUUUGGGAUGCCAUCUUGCCGGCGAUAACCCAUCACCGCCGCGCUCAUAUCUCGACAAGGGAAGGGAUGGGCAACUUCAGCUUCCAUUUUCUGACUGUCUUUCUCCUUCUUCUUCGCCCUCUUUCUGCUACUUCUAAUGUUUCGGAGCUUUUCGAAAUCUGGUGCACAGAGCAUGGGAAAUCGUAUUCCUCCGCCGAAGAAAAGCUUUACCGGCUAAGUGUGUUUGCCGAUAACUACGAAUUUGUUACUCAUCAUAACAGUUUGGGUAAUUCUUCUUAUACCCUUUCUCUCAAUUCUUAUGCUGAUCUUACCCACCAUGAGUUUAAGGUCUCUCGCUUGGGUUUUUCCUCUGCUUCGCGGAACUUGCGGCGAGUUCCGCCGCAAGAACCCUCUCUUCCACGGGAUGUUCCUGAUUCGUUAGAUUGGAGGAAGAAAGGGGCGGUGACUGCUGUUAAGGAUCAAGGAAGCUGUGGUGCUUGUUGGUCUUUCUCAGCUACGGGAGCCAUUGAAGGGAUCAACCAGAUUAUGACUGGGUCUCUUAUUAGUCUCUCUGAACAGGAAUUAAUUGAUUGUGACAGAUCUUACAAUUCUGGCUGUGGAGGAGGAUUGAUGGAUUAUGCAUACCAAUUUGUGAUCCAGAACCAUGGGAUUGACACUGAGAAUGAUUAUCCUUAUCAAGGGCAUGAUGGAUCAUGUCGUAAGGACAAGCUGAAGAGGAAUGCUGUCACCAUUGAUGGCUAUACUGAUAUUCCUCCAAAUAAUGAGGGAAAAUUACUGCAAGCUGUAGCAGCUCAGCCUGUGAGUGUUGGUAUAUGUGGCAGUGAAAGAGCCUUUCAAUUAUACUCUAAGGGAAUUUUCUCGGGUCCGUGUUCUACUUCUUUGGAUCAUGCUGUGUUGAUUGUAGGAUAUGGCUCGGAAAAUGGAGUUGAUUAUUGGAUUGUGAAGAACUCGUGGGGUAAAAGUUGGGGAAUGGAUGGUUAUAUGCUCAUGCAGCGCAACAGCGGCAGUUCGGAAGGUGUUUGUGGAAUCAAUAUGCUUGCUUCAUAUCCAACUAAAACCAGUCCUAACCCUCCUCCCUCCCCUCCUCCUGGUCCAACAAAAUGUAGUAUUCUUACUAGCUGUGCUGCUGGGGAGACCUGUUGUUGUACAAAGAAAUUCCUUGGCCUUUGUUUAUCUUGGAAAUGCUGUGGAUUGAGCUCUGCUGUAUGUUGCAAGGAUGGUCGUCAUUGUUGCCCCUUCGAUUAUCCCAUUUGUGAUACUGACAGGAACCUAUGCCUCAAGCGAACGAUGAAUGGUACAAGAACAGAAGCACUUGAGAAUGGGAGUUCUUCGGGAACAUCUCGUAGUUGGAGCUCUUUCUAAGGUUUGGAUUCUGUGAAAUGGCUUCAUUUAUAGAACGAAUAAAGGCUGCCAUUUCUGUUACCACUGUGUUCUACAAGCUUUUAGCUACAUUUGAAGUCUAAAGGGGUUCAGUCUGAGAGGUUCCUUGAGUUGUUAUCAUCACAUUGUAGUUUAAGAGCAGGUUUCUUUUGUCAUUAGCUUUCUGCUGUGGUCCAAGAACUUCCAUGGAUUAGCUUUGGAGGCUUCUUACCUUGGCCGAGGCCGGAGUUUUAUCGGGUUUUGGCUUAUCAUUUCCUUCAGGUUUCUGGUCAGAUUGCUACCUUUUCAGGUUCUUAAAGUUGUAUUGGAUUAUAUCUUUAAAUAUUAUGGACUGAUUAGGAUCUAUGGGGUUAGUUGUUGCUUGUUACCUCUUUGAGAACUUUGGUUCAUUUAUUUGCGGUCCCAAACGCUCCAAUAUAGUUUGAUGCUCUUUUAUUCUGUAAAUAUUGAAGGAACUUGUGCUUGCUGCUUAAGCACUUUUGUGAA